CAUAGCAAAAGCAGCCUCAACAGAGUUUCUGUAGUGUUUGGGAAGCGAGAAAGUGAGAGAAAAUGAGCGGAACGGUGAAGAAAGUAACCGAUGUAGCAUUCAAAGCAUCCAAAAACAUCGAUUGGGAAGGCAUGGCCAAGCUCUUGGUCUCCGAUGAAGCUAGGAAAGAGUUCGCGAAUCUUCGCCGCGCUUUCGAUGAGGUUAACUCCACCCUCCAGACCAAGUUCAGCCAGGAACCUGAACCCAUUGAUUGGGAAUACUACAGAAAAGGAAUUGGUUCUCGUUUGGUGGAUAUGUACAAACAAGCUUAUGAAAGUGUAGAAAUUCCAAAGUUUGUUGACACGGUCACUCCUGAAUACAGACCUAAAUUUGAUGCACUUUUAGUAGAGCUAAAAGAAGCAGAGGAGCAAUCCUUGAAAGAGUCAGAACGUUUGGAGAAAGAAAUUGCUGAAGUUCAAGAGCUGAAGAAAAAGUUGAGCACCAUGACUGCAGAUGAGUACUUUGAGAAACACCCCGAGCUCAAAAAGAAAUUUGAUGAUGAGAUCCGUAAUGAUUAUUGGGGCUAUUGACACUGUCUUGGGAUUUUAGCAUGAAGCUUUUUCACAGCCUCGGGCUGAAAUUCUGAAUUUGUUGUGUUUCUUUUGCUGUUGUUACGAUAAUAAUUCUCAAACCCAUUGUGUAACUGUGGUCGAUCUGGGGUUGAAGAAUGAGCCUCCUUAUUUUUUGUGUAGAGAAACCUGCUGUCCUUUGACAGAAAAGAUUAAGACAAUGCUUCUUUUAAAGUUGUCAUCUUGUUAACAUUUAAGGUAGGAAUGAUUCUCUUUUGAAUGGUUUGAUGAAUAAAUGUGGCUUUAUUUG